AUGUCAACCAGAACGCAGCCCUCCAGGAUUAUAUCCUUUCCCCGAAGGUCCUGCGGGAGGGGGAGGGAAGGUCCUGGGAGGGCCACACGCAGCCCGAGGCGCUCAAAGGAAUCUCCACAUGUGUUUCCGGCCCUUUUAGCCAGGACGAAUUGCCUUCAUUGUCCCGGAUCCUGCGGAGAAGGUCUUGCCUUAAGGAUAAUUGCUCCGGCUACAACGGCAGCCCUGUCAGGUGGAAUGAAUUGGCGGCCAAUCCUCACCAGUAACAGGCACUCAAAUAGAUCCUUAAAGUGCUCCCAUAACAAAUCUCGCUUUACAAUAACGAGGACAUCAAUGGCUUCCAUUGGUCUGUUUUUAACCAGGACGAGGCGGCUAACUCAGUCCUAA